CCCUGGGAUUAAAGACUCCUGCACUCUCUCCUUAACCGUACAAAUGAAUAGCUUCCCCACCAUUUCUGCCCGCAUGUCCUAUCCCACCACCAGUUAGCUAAAGGGUGCCAUCCAGGGUGGAAAAUACCAAGAAAAUGGCAGGAACUCUAACCCCGGAGCAGAUCACCGAAUACAAAGGCAUCUUUGAGAUGUUUGACGAAGAAGGGAACGGCUUGGUGAAGACGGACGACUUGGAAAGCCUGAUGAGUUUGAUCGGCAUCAACCCCACCAAGCGAGACCUCGCCAACAUGGCCAAGGACGUCGACAAAGACAAAAAAGGCACCUUCAACUGCGAUGGGUUUCUGGUAUUGAUGGGCAUUUACCACGAGAAAUCCAAAAAUCAGGACGAGGAACUCCGAGCUGCCUUUAAAGUCUUCGACAAAGAACACAAGGGCUACAUUGAGUGGGACACGCUCAAAUACGUCUUGAUGAACGCCGGAGAACCGCUGAACGAACACGAAGCUGAACUCAUGAUGAAGGAAGCUGACAAGGAUGGGGAUGGGACCAUCGACUACGAAGAAUUUGUGGCCAUGAUGACGGGCGAAUCCUUCAAACUGACUCAGUAAGACCUCCGCGAAACUUUUUGGCUUCGUCUCCCCUAUCUUUGCUUUCUCUUUCUCCGGCGAUACCAAGAAGAAGGGGGGUAAGAGACCGUGGCAGAACCUGGACGGCAAAUAACAACACGUGAAGUCACAGCCCUGGUCCGCAGCAAGAGUCUUUCGUCAGGAUUCCAGCAAUCGCCCUAAUUAAAUCACGAUUCUCGAGCCAAACUUCAAAAAACCUCAAAGGAUUCAUUACAGGCGACGUACUGGCACUGCCCUGUAUGAAGCCGACUCUGGCCUACAUCAUUUACAGUCCCCUGUGACCCUGUUUUCCCCUCCCCCCAGGUUGGGUGUGUCAUAAAUCAGAUUCUCCAAUUGAGCACCUUCACGGGCUGGGUGUCAUCAAUCACGUUCUCCAAUUAAACAUAUUCGUGGGC